AAUUCGUCUUACAGUAUCACAGUUUUGUGUGAGCUUCACAUUUGGCAGUACAUAUCCAGCUUUAACAGGCAUCAAAAUGAAACUGUUCAUUGUCGCCGCUUUGGUUGCUGUGUGCGCCGCUGGUCGUCUCGAACACCUCGAGCGCUCUUACCUGCCUCCUGACAGCAGCAACAGUCUAGGAUUCGGAUCCAAUGGUCGUUCACAAAACGGCUUCGGUUCCAACGGACAGGGUAGCCAAGGUUUCGGCUCCCAUGGUUCCUCUGGCAACUCCUUCGGCUCUGGUUCUAACGGUGGUUCUCACGGCUCCUUCGGUUUGAGUGGAGGUUCAAAUGCUGGCUUCCGUUCAAACGGCAAUGGUUUCGAUUCAUCCAAUGGAAACGGAUUUGGUGCUGCCACAUCAAACCAGUACUUGCCACCUAAUUAUGGAUCAGCUGGGUCUAAUGGCUUUGCUAGGACCGGAUCUUCUUCUUUCAGAGCCCCUAGCACACAGUACGGUACCCCAUCCUUUGACAACGGGUUCGGCGGACAAGGCGGCUCUCAGUAUUCGCAGGGCCCGGGUAACAACGCACAGGGCCGUACUCAACCCGGCGCCGGCGUCAGUAACCAGUACCUGGCGCCACGCUCCAACUCCUUCCAGAACAUUCCUCAGCAAAGCUUCGAUGAGCAGUCCGGCUACCACUACUAAUGGACAUCAUCACUUUGAAACCUCUUAACUUGAUUAUGUUAUUUGUAUAUGAAUAUAACAAUACUCACUAUA